CCGAUGGAUCCACCGCCUCACUCCCACUUGAUUUCUGCCGGUGACGCGUGAUUCGCAUGUGGCGCGCGCGAGUCUUGGGAAGCGUCAACCGCACGAUCCAAAGACUGUCCUACGUGUACGGACCGGUCAUGGUGGUCCUGCUGGCCCACUAUGGGCUCCCGACUUGAUGCAACAUCUAGCGCCGUGCGCAAGCGCAUCGAAAAUCAUGAUUUUCACGAUGAGGCGGGCGAAGAGUAUGAAGCGUCCAGCUUCGGCGGCUUUGGAGACUAUAUGCGACGCAAGAAAAUCAAGUUACAGAAUCUAGAUGCAGACAUUCGAGCCACUUCCGGAGAGUGUCCACCGAUAUUUCGCGGAGUCGUCGCGCAUGUCAACGGUUACACGCAGCCGUCCCUACAAGACCUCCACCGUCUCAUUGUCAGCCAUGGCGGUGGAUUCCUUCAAUACUUGGAUGGCAAGACCGCCGCGACUCAUAUCAUCGCGAGCUCGUUGACCCCAAAGAAAUGCGAGGAAUUCCGGCGAUAUCGCAUCGUGAAGCCCGCAUGGGUCAGAGAGAGUAUCAAAGCUGGUCGAUUGCUACCUUGGCACGAUUUUCGUGUUGUAGACGAGGGCCACUCGCAGAAGGUUCUCAAGUUCAACGAUGGUCGCUUUACCAGUCAAACGAAUACCCCUCGGGUUGGAUAUCGAGACCAAUCAAAUUCGAGCUGGUACAAUUCUCAGCUCAAAGCUAUGACACCAACUGAGAGAAACCCCGGUACCUUUUUAAGUGCACCUAGAACGCCUCCUGCUACAACUCAAUCAGAACAGAUACCCGACGUGUCUUCUAAACACCCAUCUCAACCUUCGCAAUCCGACUAUGGAGAUUUUCCCAGUUUCGCUUCUUUAGAAGAUGAUGCAGAGGAGCCAUCAGUAGCCCAGGAGCCGCAGCACAAUCAAACUACACCAGUCAAACCUAUUAUACCAACAUCCGUCAAUACUAGGCCGAGCGAUGCGGAUAGCCUUCCCCCCCCACAGCUGCAAAAUGCGCAAAUGAUCUCGCCCAAGAAGCAGACGAGUCCUUCAAAUCCCAACAUGACCUCUGAGGAGUAUAAUGCACAACUCUUGUCUGACCCUCGGAUGAGGAAGUCCAGUGUGGUCAAUCCAGAAUUUCUUCAGCAAUACUACAGAGAGUCUCGGCUCCAUCAUUUGUCAGCGUGGAAAGCUGAUUUGAAAGCCCAGCUUCAGGCUGCAACAAACGAAAAGGCGAUAUCUGGCGCUUUUCAGAAGAGAUCUGCGCCAGGAGCCAGAAGAUAUAUCCUCCAUGUCGACUUUGACUCGUUCUUUGCCGCUGUUUCUAUUCUCAAGCACCCUGAGCUUCGCGAGAAGCCUGUUGCCAUCGCUCAUGGCUCUGGAUCUGGCUCCGAGAUCGCAAGCUGUAACUAUGUUGCUCGGGGUCAUGGGGUCAAGAACGGCAUGUGGAUGAAGGGAGCCAUGCAAGCAUGUCCAGAGCUUCAGGUGUUGCCUUACGAUUUCCCCGCCUAUGAAGAUGCCAGUCGGAAAUUCUAUAGCUCAGUGCUCUCUAUUGACGGCAUUGUGCAAAGUGUCAGCAUCGAUGAGGCUCUGAUUGAUGUUUCCAAUCAGUGCUUGGAGGCCGGGGGAUCUGACGGUAAAGGUGUCUCGGAGGGAUCGAUCUACCGCGAACAGGCCAAGGCCGAUGAAAUAGCUCAAGCCUUGCGUGAUUCCAUCAAGGAGAAAACCGGAUGCGCGGUCUCUGUUGGGAUCGGUGGCAACAUCUUGCUCGCCAAAGUGGCAUUGCGAAAGGCGAAGCCUGCCGGACAAUUUCAUCUAAAACCCGAUUCUGUCUUGGAUUUCAUUGGGAAUCUUACCGUCCAGGAUUUACCCGGCAUUGGAUACAGUCUUGGGUCAAAACUGGAAGAGCUUGGCGUAAAAUUUGUCAAGGACGCGAGGGAAAUUACCAAAGAGAGAUUGUGCGCCAGUCUGGGGCCAAAAACUGGGGCAAAGAUCUGGGAGUAUGCGAGGGGCAUAGACAAAACGGAGGUUGGCAAUGAAGUGAUCAGGAAAUCCGUGUCAGCGGAGGUCAAUUGGGGAAUUCGAUUUGUCAAUCAAGAUCAGGCAGAGGAUUUCAUCAAAUCACUCUGUGAAGAACUGGGUCGCAGAUUAGUCGAGAAUCUGGUCAAGGGCAAGCAACUCACGCUGAAAGUGAUGCGGAGGUCGAUGGAUGCGCCGCUGGAACCAGUCAAACAUCUCGGUCACGGAAAAUGCGAUGUCUUCAACAAGAGUGUUGUCAUCGGGGUGGCCACAAACGCAUCCGAUAUCUUGGGCAAAGAAGCCGUGUCCAUGUUGAGAAGUUUCAAUUUCUCUCCGGGUGAUCUCAGAGGCCUUGGUGUUCAAAUGACCAAGCUCGAGCCCCUGAAGACUGGUCCCUCGGCCACUAUCGAGGGCAGUCAGCGGCAACUCAACUUCUCGAAAUCGCCGUCGCGCAAAAGUGUGGUCGCCAAUAUCGACCCCGACGAAUUGGAAAGCCCACGGAAAGGCGAUUCGGUCCGGAUCCAGGUCGACCCAGUUCUCAGCAAUAGCGCUCACAAACCGCUGAACAUCUCCGGGUCACAGUUCAUUAUGCCCACUCAGGUAGAUCCCAAGGUUCUUUCCGAGCUCCCAGGGGAUAUCAGGUCAAGGCUUGUGGCCCAGGCAAAGCCUCGACAAGAACCACCUCGAUGUGGCUCCCCAUGUCCGCCAGCACGCCGGCGCGUAGUCGAGCCCACUGCUGCAGCUCCCCUCCCACCUCAGUCUCAAUUGGACCCUGAAACGCUGGCUGCGUUGCCGGAGGAUGUUCGAAAUGAGGUCCUUGGCUACUAUAAUCAACAGUCUACCACAUUGCCCGACCCUCCACCAGCUGCCCCUUCGGUUCCUUCGGUCACGACGUCGCGCACUGCACCUCAGGCUGGGCCAUUGAAGCUCAAGAGACCAACGUCACCACCGAAGAAAAGGCGCGGUCGUCCGCCAAAAUCAGCCUCGAGUGGCAAUAAGUCUUUGACCCAGACAAACUUUACUUUCCCUCGACCGUCAUCUGCCUCUGGCGUCAUGGUCACAUCGAACCAAGACUCGCUAUCUCGCCAACAGUCACCAGCAGUCGAAGAAGAAUCAGAAGUAUCUGCUGAGUUUCUUGCUGCACUCCCGGGGGAUAUCCGACAGGAGGUCAUUGAGGAGCAAAGACGUGCUCGUCUUCAACGAGCUCGCGCUUCUGCUUCGACUGCCUCGAGGCCAGUAUCCCAGCCACAAGCUGCCACUUCUACUUCUACCACUGCGGCCCCACCUGUCGAGAAAACACUGCCUCUUCCUCCUCUCCCGGAACGACCUGUGUUCACCUCACGGCGCCUGUCAGGCUUAGCAGAUCUUCGUGAUGCCGUGGGUGCUUGGCAUUCCGCUUUUGCGGCCGAUGGUCCCUACGGUGAAGACGUAGAAGUGCUAUGUGUGUAUCUCAGACGUGUAAUUGCCGAGGAGAAGGAUAUUGACAAGGCUGUUUCCGUGGUGCGUUGGCUGAUGUGGCUCGUAAGUGAAGAUUCGCUCUCCCGAAACGGAGUGGAGAACCAGACUCCGCCGUCUGGACAGAGUGAACAGGGUGUUGUGACUUGGCAGAGGGCAAUUGGAGAGAUGCAACACAGUGUACAGACCGCACUUGAAGUGAGGGGUCUUCCUCCGGUGGACUUUGACUAGUUUUGCACAUAUUUAUGGUGUCACGAUGCGAUGAAUGAUAAGAUAGUUUGGAUUAUUUGGAGAACAUAAUUUGAUAUGUUACGAUUCACAUGUGUGGAGAUCACUCUGCGAUUCUCAGAAUCCGAAUCCUCGGUAUGAGGUAGUGGACGUAUCGCUGGGGCAGCCUCGAACUGUUUUGUUUUAACC